CGCUUCCAGGGAGGACCGGACGAGCCUACCAAGGCUGCUAUUUGCAGUGCAUCAAAAACAUCUCUAUAAGCCCCGCGCGCCGCCCCGGAUCAGAAAGUAAUUAGCAUGUUGCCACUCGAUGGUGAUGCUUCCAAUCCAAGCUCUAGCAGAAAAGGGAAAAGAAAGGCACAAGAAAGAGAUCUAAAGAGCUAUUUUAGUCCAUUCGUAUCCAGUAGCAUAAACCCAAGCACUCAUGGAAGUGAAGUUGGUAAUGCCAUAAUAGAGGAGGAAGAGGUGGUGGAAACUCAUUUGGAGGACACCAAUACCAUAGACCAACAGCCAGGUAGCAAUGAAAAUGAUCAAAAUGAUCAAGGUACAAUAACUGAGUUCAAUCCGGAUUAUAUCAUUUCUGAUCCGGGGCUUCGGAUUCCAAUUGAGCAAUUUAGUCCUAAUAUUAGAGAUGAAAUUAGGAGGGCUUUCAUGGAACGAGGUCCAACUCAACCUAGUAGUCAUGUUUUUCCUAGAGGACAAGAUAAAAGGCGCUUUCGAAAAGAAUGGUUUGAGAAAUAUAAUUGGCUGGAAUAUAGCUUGGUGAAUGAUAAGGCUUAUUGCUUUUGUUGUUAUCUUUUUAGAAGAGUUGGUGUAGAUGAUGAUAAAUUUGGUUAUGAGGCAUUUACAAAAGAAGGCUUUAGGCAAUGGAAGAAUGCCUACUUAGCACUCCCUAAACAUGUUGGUGGCCCUAAUAGUGCUCAUAAUAGAUCAAGAGCGGCAUUUGAUGAUUUUGAUAAUCAAAGGGCAAGUGUAAAGGAGAAAAUUGUAGUUCAUACCAAAGAGGCACAAAAGAAGUAUGAAACCCGUGUAGAUACAUCUUUGGCUAUUGUAAGUUAUAUUGCCUUGCAAGGUGAACCGUUCCGUGGACAUGAUGAAUCAGAAACUUCAUUGAACAAAGGCAACUUUCUAGAAUUUCUUGAUUGGUACAAACUAAGAAAUGAGGAAGUGAGGCAGGCAUUUGAAUUUGCUUGUCCUAAAAAUGCUAAAAUGACUUCUGGAACAAUUCAGAAAGAACUUGCCGAGUGUUGUGCUCAAGCGGUUACCAAAGUCAUAAAAGAAGAGAUGAGUGGUUGUUUAUUCUCUAUUCUUGUUGAUGAAUCUCGUGAUAUAUCAGUCAAAGAGCAAAUGGCCAUAAUAGUCAGGUAUGUGAAUAAAAAGGGGCAAGUAGUUGAAAGAUUUUUGGGUAUCAAGCAUGUCAAGCUAACUACAUCAGAAGCAUUAAAGAGAGCAAUAGUGGAGGUUCUUAGUGCCCAUGGUUUAACUAUUGCAAAAAUACGAGGCCAAGGGUAUGAUGGAGCUUCUAAUAUGAGAGGUGAAUUCAAUGGUGUUCAAAAACUAAUUCGUGAUGAGAACCCAUAUGCUUUUUAUAUCCAUUGCUUUGCUCACCAAUUGCAGUUGGUAGUUGUUUCGGUUUCAAAGUGUUGUUCAUCUAUAGAGGAUUUCUUUGACUAUGUGGAUAUGAUUGUGAGCAGCACUAGUGCAUCUUGUAAGAGGAAGGAUUUAUUGAUUGAUAGUCAUCAUACAAUUGUUUUGAAUAAGUUGGACAGUGGAGAUAUUUUAUCAGGUAGAGGACAAAAUCAAGAAACAUCAUUGUCUAGGCCUGGAGAUACAAGAUGGGGAUCUCACUACAGGACAUUGCUUCGUAUUGAAACAAUGUGGGACUCAAUAAUAGAAGUUCUGCAAGUGGUGCAUGAUGAGGAACAAGAAGGAUCAAAAUAUUGUUGA